GUAUGCGUCAACAGUGUGUUACUAUGGUAACGUGAUGUGCCGACGCUCUGUCACCAACGGCAAACGCUUAGCUAACAUUUUGAUAAUUGACUAAUGUUAAUAUGUUGUCUUGUCACCUUAACUUACCCUAACCUUUGUUUAAUGAGAAGUGGGGAUUAGCUAAAUCAACGUUAAUACUCCUCAAGCAAAAGUUUGGACAUUAGCUUGAAGAAAAAUCGAGCUUUGAAAAGCGACUGGCAGCUAGCUUGAACAUUAGCUACAUUUUUGUUCGCUACCGUUAGCUAGCGAGUUCUGAAAAUAGCACAACAUAUAAUGCUAAAUGCUGGUUGGAUAAGAGAUGGUAUUCCUCUAAUAUUAAGUUAGCCAUACUAUUACUUUGGUGACAUUUAACCGAUGUUAAUGGUUUUUAAACCAGUGAGGUAUUAAAAGAGUGACAUGGAUAAUACAGUGGUUUACAGCAGCAGCCGUAAAGUGAAUACCACAAGGACAGAUCUUAGUUUGCUGCUUGAGUGUCUGAAGUUUCAGAUGAAAUGUCCCGAUUUGCAGAAACAAGCUCUUCUCGCCAUUCACUCAAUCUGUGAAAAGAGAGAGGAUAAUGUGGACCUCCUGAGAGAAAUGGGAGGUGUGGUAUUUGUGUAUAACCUCUCCAAAUCCAGUAUUGUUCGUUCAGAUGUAAAGGAGACAGCACUAUUUACGCUUGGCACAUUAGCAGAGGCCAAUGUGUAUUGCAAGAAUUCUCUGUGCAGAAAGGAGACAUUUGCAGACCUUGCUGGUUUUUUGAUGAAAGAAGACAUCCCGCUAACACAGAAGAGAGUGUCUGUCUAUUUGCUGUCUGUGUUGGUAGCCAACAACAAAUCAGGACAGACUCUAGGCCAAACCACUGGCUGCUUGGAUAUUCUAUUGCAGCUUUUCAGGACCACUUCCCCUGUCUCCACAGAGGCUACUUUGAGAGCAGCUAAUGCUACUCAAACCUACCAACUUUGGGCCUCUGUGUCUAGUGCUCUCUGUGGAUGUGUCAACAACCCUCAGAAUGAGGAUGGUCAGCGUAUUUGUGUAGCAGCCUUUCCCAUAAUAAAAGUCUGGCUUCAGCAGAUUGCUUUGCCAUGCACUGAGAUUUUCCAACCCAUAUGUUCCUUCAUAGCAAUGACAGUUGCAAACAACUCCUGUGUUCAGGAGAGUUUUUCUGCUUCGGGGGGUCUGGAUACUCUCACCCUUGCACUGGUUCGUCUAGCUUCUGCGGCAGAUACAAGCUUGUUGUCUUGCCAGCUUUCCGUCACUAUAUCCAAGACCCUGUCAGCUUGCAUCACAGAUAACUCUUCCCUGGCUUCAGGUCUGGCUCAGUAUGGUGUGGUUUCCCACCUCUUCUUCCUGCUGACUAGUCCACACCUACACCCUGAGGACAGGCUCUCUGUUUUACUCACCCUGGGCCACUGCACUGAAUCCUCUGAGGAGCACCAGUCCCAGUUGGUGCAGUGUGGAGGCCUGCCCCUUAUCAUAACCCUACUCACAGAGGAUACAAAUGAGGAGGUUAGGAAAGCUGCUACAUUCAUAUUGCAGACCUGCAAACAGGCCACCAUGUCCUUGGGAGUGCCUGAACUGACAGCGAGACAGGGGGAGGGUGAAAAUGUGACCCCCCUUACAAACAUGGGCGGCUUCAGGAGCUCAGCCAGAGAGGUGCUGCGCAGGAUUGAACUGCUAGAGAAGAGACAAGCAAAGGAGGCUAAGGAUGAGCAGGAAGACACAGAACCAUUAACUUUAACCGAAGGGCUAGGCCAACUGCCUUUGCCUCCAGCUUUACUGCAGCCUCUGCAGCUAAAGGAGAGGAUUAAAACCAUUCCCACAGCAUAUAGACAGAACAGUACUCUUGAACAUGUCGAAGCAGGGGGUGACAACUACAUUCAAACUUUCAGAAACGUGAUCAAGAAUAGGAGUGACCGAGAACUGAAGCACAUGAGCUCCAGUUUAAGUAUGAAGGAAGAGAAGGCUAAAACCAGUGAAGGGGAUGUGUGGUGUUCCAUGUGCAAGGGUACUGGAGCCCUAAAGUCUUCCUCUCUGCGGCCAGUAGAGGGAGGCAGAGAGCCUCAUACAGCAGACAGUCAGUUGUUUAAGCCCCCAGCACCAGUGAGGCACAGUGUACCAAAAGAAAUUAAAUGUACUGAUGUGGAAGAGUUACAGCACCAUGAGAUGAGUCAGGUGGGGAACAUCUCAGUGGAGGAACACUCACUCUCUAGUAUACGGUGUGCAGGUUGUGUGCUGCCUUUUGAGGAGGUGACAAGUCGCACUUUUGCAUCUCUCCAAAGCUCUUGCCACUACAGCUGUGACAUGCACAAGGUUCUCCAGGAGGCCACAGAGCAGUUCAGGACUCGUCACUUCAACCUUCUGUUCAGGAGAGAGUACCAAGACGACAGCGUGGAGCAGACAGAACCAGACCCUGAGAGAGUUUCAGCUGCAGAGCCACAGAGAAGCCGGGAGAACUGGAGAGAGGUCUGCCUGACUCCCAUACGUAAAGGAGCAGGGAAAGGCAAGCCCUCCCUGCCAGAACACCAGUGGAAGAAGCACAAUGGCAUCACUUUGACUCCACGGCACAGUGGAGCUAAAAAGCAGAUAUUCACCUCUCAUAACAGGACCGGUCCAGACUUGACUCCCCUGAAAAGGUCUCGUCUUCCUGAAGAGAGAAGAAAAGGGAAUAAUAGUGGAAAUCCCGCUCCUAAUGAUGAGCCGAGAACUAGCACAGAUCACUCUUCCACUAGAAGGGAGAGGAAAGACUUCAGCCGUGAGGAGGUGCGUUGCCUGCUGUACGGAGUGAAGACUUACGGCUUCUCCUGGAACACCAUCUUGUGGUCAUACGACUUCCAACCUGGACGCACCAAUGUUGACCUGGCCAAAAAAUACAGGAGGCUAAUGGCAACACGAGAAAAUCUCCUUAAAUCCAUGCUCUGGACUGGCAAGCUCAGUCUUGUUCCACAUUCAGAAUGACGGGAUGAGCCUACAGCUACUGUAGAUGACCUCACAGCUGAUGAAUGUUAAGUAUAACACCAACUCACUUUUAUCUUGAUCUUAACCUAUUUUCCAUUCCCCAAAUCUUCAACAUAACGAUAUCUUGUAGUAAAAAAAAAAGGGACAGUCAGGGACAAUCACCAUAACACAUGUAGAAUAAUGUUUUUAUUUUCACAAGCAAGCCACUACCUAGUUUAAAAGUUAAAAAAAAAUCCCAUUAUUGCAAUGAAAAUAUAUACAAUAAAGACAAGGAAUAUUACAAAGUCCAAACAUGAUUAUGUUAAGGCAUAAAUGUUUAUUGGAGACUAUUCUGCUAUAAAGCGGUAUGCAUUAUACUGUCUCCAUCUUUGGUUGCAUUGCUGCUGUCCCUUGCCUAUUGUUUUGUAUUCACUUGAUGCACAUAUCCUCCUCAAAAAAAGGUUUUGCUUUUGACUUUGUUCUAGAUCAAAAUGACAAUUCUUGCCUUCAAUCUUUUUUUUUGUCAGGCGUUGUUAUAUAUAGCAAUGACUUUAUUUUACUCUCAAAGAAAUUCAUUUAAAUUCUUUCUUGGUGCACUUGCAUAGAGGAAGAUCUCUAUUGUCCAGCAAUACACUAAAGUACACUGAUAAUAACCCCUGUGCUGUUAAAGCCCCACCAAUACACAUUUUGGCACAUUUGGUUCAUUUAGAAAGAGAAAUACCUUUUUGCCUGUAUAAGGCCACUAAAGUGAGUAGUAAAAACAUUGCAUCUGUGAUUCUUUCAGAAUUCAUGUAAUGGCUAAAGAGGGUUUCACAGAAAAAUAUCCAUUCACUUAUUUAAUGAAUAACCUCUUCCAUGGUUUCACAUCAGCUCAGUGGAAGUGCUCAUGGCAUCAGGGAUCUCGACAUCAGCGGGAAUGAGGUCAGCGGCCAGGUCAUUUCCUUUCAGCUCUAAGUUCUUCAGCAGUCCACAAACACUUUCCUCGUUGAUGUCGCUCACAAGCUGCUCCAAAUUCCCUGCAGCCUGCACCCCCAUCAGCUUUUCCAGAGGUUCUGAUGUGUCCUCACUCUCUUCAACCUCAGCACUCUCUUGGUAUUCCUUGGUCACCGGGAUGUCUGAGGGCUCGUCUGCAUUGACUGGGGCGGUGAUGGAAGCCGGAAUGUCAAUAGGUUGGGGAGUUACAUCAGGGACACCCAGGUCGAUCAAAGGGGGUGAAGAAAUCACUGGCUCAGGGAGAGACUCUUUGCUAAGCAGGUCUGUCUUCUCCUCCAGUGCCUCAGCUGGGGCUGGUACUGACUCUGAGAUGGGUUCAGGGUCUGUCUCAACUUCUGCCUCUGGUUCAGGAACUAGCUCUGGUUCGGGAACUAGCUCUAGUUCAGGAACUAGCUCUGGUUCGGGAACUGGCUCUGGUUCGGGAACUGGCUCUGGUUCGGGAACUAGCUCUGGUUCGGGAACUAGCUCUGGUUCGGGAACUGGCUCUGGUUCAAGAACUGGCUCUGGUUCAGGAACUGGCUCUGGUUUGGGAACUGACUCUGGAGCAAGCUGAGCUUCAGCAACAGGUUUUGGAUCGGAUUCUGGAGGUGAUGGUUCACUGACCAGAGGCUUGGGUUGGACUGGAGCUGGGGUUUCCUUUGCCACAGGCUCUCGUUCAGCAUCAGUUAAUGGGUCUGAGGCAGCAGGAGCCUCUAUCACUUGACACUCUGAGACACAUUCUUCAGUGGGUAAACAUGCCAUUAGUGUUACUGGCUCCCCCAUCACCACAUCUAGGUUCUCUGCCUGAAUGACCUCCUGAGUCAACGUUAUCUCAGAGUCUUCUGCUGGUUGUGCAGGCUCCUGUUCAGUUUCAUCAGUUUCAGCACUGUUGCCUAGGGCUCCUCGCCUGUUUAAUUGGUUUCCCAUGAUGAACCUGAAGAAAUGAGACAAAUGAGAAUACAAUUAUACUUUAAAUAAUGAAAUGUCAAGUUCUAGUAUUUAAGUGAUUACAAAAAAGUAAUGUCAAGCUUUUUCUUUAGCUCAGUAUUACAUAACAUUCCUGUUGCAUGCAUUGCAUUACAAGUUGAAGCUUUUCUCCCAAAUUCAUGAAUACGCAAUUGAUAAAGGUGUAG